UUCUAUGAGUACUGCCGUUGGUUUAACCAGUAUUAUGUCCGAAAGAGUAAUCGUGUUCGAGCGCCCAAAAGAAUCUUGGCAUUCUAUCUUUAUAGAUCAUCCUGAAUUUGAAAUCGUUGAGGAUGAG